GGCACGUGGGCGGAGAGGGCGUGGACGCGGCGGAGUUGGCCAGGCGGCAUCCUGCUGCCUGAGGGAUGAGAGGCCGGGCAGGGUCCGGCUUGGGGCCUCAUGGACACCGUGGCGCUGAGCGGGUGGCGACGGCGGAGACCAGAGGAGCUGCAGGUUCCGGGGGACGCGAAGCGGGCAUGCCGGAGGUUGGAAGUGGCCCAGGACGGGGGCUGCCCCCAGGUGAAGGCGUGCCCCCCCGAGUCCUGGGGCAGCCGGGAGCCCGAGUCACCGGACAGAGGCCGCCUCCCCGCACCGAGGCCGGACGGCGGCCAGGGGCGACCAGGUGUGGAGAGUCUACGGAUCGGUGGAAGGAGCCCGGCCCAGCCUUGCCCGAGAUGCCUCGCAGGGGAGUCCGGACACUUUAACCACACCGAGAAUCGGUAGAAGACGCAGGUUGAAAAGGAAGAUUCCAUCUGUGGUUUUGGACCCUCUGUGCCAGCGGAUGUCACCCCCUCCUGGAGGCGUGUGGGUGCCCCCGUCCACAGGGCAGCCGCUGUCCCCAGCCGUGGGUCUCCGCCGUCCUCCACGCCAGAGCCGGCAGCCCCUGUCACUUCAGAAGCACCGCCACGUGGAACUGCUCACCGAGCCUCCUUUCAAGGGCAUCUUGCUUGAGAAGGAGAUCAGUUGCAUUGUUGAAAAGUUUAAAAAAUUCAGUGUCACGCUUCCUGUGGGUUCGAGGACCCUGUGGCUCAUGGAAGCGUAUCCAGGUGCAGCCCCGUUUUACACUUUUCUAUCAUUUGGUGGACGCACCCAGGUCUUCUCAUGUCCUCUUUUUUAAUGAAAAGUCCUAUUUUUGUAUUCAGAAUGCUCUGUAAUCUUAAAUUGAAUUUUAGUAAAUACCACACUCCGGUCUGUUGUGUGUGAUUCCGCAGCUGGAGUUGUCAGGCACAGGCCCACUUCUGUAUUAAAAUGGAAGUUUCUCCUUUUC